CAGGAACUGUAGCUAAGCGCUGAACUCAGACUGUAUCCCACAAUGCUCAGCAGCAUCUCCUCCUCUCAGCUCUUCCCCAGCACGAUAGACAUCAUGGCAGUGGCUGAAAGGCAGCACAGUCUUUUAUCCCACUGGAACACCAGCACCCCAGAGAAAAAGGACUUUGAAGCAGUGGAGGCCCUCAUGUUUAUGAGCAGGAACUCCGAGCCCAUGCAUUACACUGAUCUAAGACCGAUGACUCCAGCGUCCGAUUUGUCAGAGAGUGAGGACAGCAUGCUACCAAGCGAACAUGAUUUCACUACCAUCCCAGCCUUUUGCCUGACACCGCCAUACAGCCCUUCAGAAUGUGAAAUGGCCCAAUCUCCUGGCUUGCAUCGUUCAUCUCCAGUACCAAUGAUUACUGGUUCUAGUGCUGUGUUGAAGUCCAUUGAUGUCAAAUCCCCUGAAACGCAACAGAAAGGUCAGGUGACCAGCGUGAUUCGUCACACAGCCGAUGCACUGAACUUUAAGAAACAUCCAGCAGUGCCAAACAAAUGCAGCGAUGAUCCUGUGAACAAAUUUGUUCAGCACAGAGAAGAAUCCUGGAAGAAAAAUAUUCCUAGUGCAGGAGUACAGCCCAUGCCAGUUUCAAGCACAGGCCAAAUCAAAACUGAAACACAAAUGGUGCAUUCAUUCCAACCAGCCCUAAACACUGGGUAUACAACAGCAAUAACUUGCAAUCCCCAAAUGUCAUCUCCAGAUAUUGGUCCACCAGUACAAGUGCAGAAUCCUCAACUGCUAGUAUCCACACCAGUACCAGCAAACUGCGUAUCACAGAUGCCAGUCUUGUGCCAAAUGGUAUCAUUAUCUUCAAGCAAGCCCGUAGCGACAACCAUGAUUGCAAAUACUCCACCUGGCCAAUCCCCUGCAGUUAUGCAACCUCUGUUUUAUAUGGGAGGUCAAGUUCCCAAAGGAACUGUUAUGUUUUUAAUGCCACAGCCUGUUUUGCAGAACACAAAUACUCUUUUUCCCAGUGGAACCAAACUCUCACUGAUUGCACCUGCCCCUGGAAUUCCAUCUUCUGAAACAAAGGCCACCUUGCACACUGACACUUCCCGAAUCAGAAGUCAUGUCUGCACUCAGCCUGGGUGUGGGAAGACCUACUUCAAGAGUUCCCACUUGAAGGCACAUAUGAGAACUCACACAGGCGAAAAACCCUUCAGCUGCAGUUGGGAAGGCUGUGAAAGGAAGUUUGCCCGCUCUGAUGAACUCUCUCGUCAUCGCAGAACACACACUGGAGAAAAGAAGUUUGCCUGUCCUAAGUGUGACAGGCGUUUCAUGCGCAGCGACCACCUGACCAAGCAUGCGCGGCGCCACCUCUCAACCAAAAAGCUCCCCACUUGGCAGAUGGAAGUAAGCAGGCUGAGUGAUAUGGCUGUUCCACAGGCCUCGACUCCUGUCCAGUGAAACCACACGCAAAUAAAAUGGCAACUUUAUUUGCAUAUAUAGGUGGUCAGAACCUUGGUGUUCUGUCACUAAUGCUCUACAGUGGCUGAGAGUGUAGUUAUAACUGAAUGUCCCAGAAGGGAAUGCAGGCAGUGAUGAAAAUGGCAGCAGGCCCAUUCUAUGUUUGGCAUGGACUUGUUUGCUCAAAUGUUUAUUGCACUGAAAAUGAGAAGAUUGCAGGGUUUGUGUGACAAGGUUGGUUAAACAGUGAGACAAGAUGGUUCUGAUGAUGUGUGUUGCGACUAAAUGUCUCAGUGGCAUUGUUAGAUGCUGAGUCUAAAUAGCGGGCGAUAAUGAAACCUUCGGUUCUCGCCUAAUGGACAAAGGUUAGUGCGAUAUGCAAGGAAAAAGAAACUGGGGUAUAUGCAUCUUAUACUGAAAAGCAAUAUGAACAGAUAAUCUUUAGUUUUAUAGUAAUAACUACAUUGUUAAUAUGUAUUAAAAUCUCUUUAUAUAGCUCAUUCUGUUAAUGUACCUUUAGGGCAAAGACACGCUCAGAUUCGGGGAGAUUAGUCGCCCAGCGACAAAUCUCUUCUUCUUCGGGGCGACUUAUCUCCCCAAACUGCCUCCAGCCAGCUAGAAUGUAAAUUGCCGGCUGGGUUGGCAAUCGGUCCGCUUCAUUUUCCAAAGUUGCCUCACGAGGAAACUUUGGGCGACUUCGGAAAACGAAUCUCUCCGAGUGCCAACCCAGUUGGCAAUUUACAUUCUAGCUGGCGUGAGGCAGUUUGGGGAGAUUAGUCGCCCCGAAGAAGAGGCGAUUUAUCUCCGGGCCACUAAAUCUCCCCGAAUCUGAGCGUGUCUCUGCCCUAAGUGUUAUGAAUAAAAACAAUGCUACCGGCCUUUUUUUGUGUUAGCUCGGUAAUUCCUCAGAGCUUAGAAUUCAAUAGUAGCUGGAAAGAGAAACAUGUAAAUGAUUACUUUUUUUUGAAGAAAGAAUGUUAUCUGUAUUUCAGGGUUUUCAGGAUCUAUCUCAGGACUUGACACAUAUCACUUUUGAGACUAUUGUAUUAUAUUGUGUGUGUAUAUGUAUAUAUAUAUAUAUAUAUAUAUAUAUAUAUAUAUAUAUAUAUAUAUAUAUAUAUAUAUAUAUAUAUAUAUAUAUAUAUUAAAAAGAGAACGACAGGACUAUUCCCGAGUGGAAAAAUGAAAAAAAAAGACAAACGUCCAGAUGUGACAUAAGCCGAAAAGCGUUUGCACAGCUUUAAAGUGUCAGGUAGUGCAAGAACUGGGUUUUUCUUUUUAAAGUUACCUAUAGUGCCGAUUCACACUUACGAUCACUAUAGCCAAUGGGGUGUUCCUGUAAAUGACGGGAAUUCUGUUUAGACUUAGUUUUGGUUUCCUGGUAGCUCAUUCCAGUAGUCACAUGGGUGGAGACAGGAAUCUGAAGAAUUUCUUAGCACAUCCAGCAGAGUGGCCUACGUGUGGGUUUAUUGACAAACAGAUAAGGUGUUGGCUGUGCAUUGUGCUAAUGAACAUAUGCCUUGUAGAUUCUUAUCCUGCAAGGCAGAUGCCAUAGAAAGUAGACUGCCUCAAUGACAGGAAAACUGUAGCUGGCUGCAGCUGACUGUUCCAUUUGUAGGUGGUCUUAUGAAAUACCAGCCAUUGAAGCUGAUCCUGAUCACCAGUGUGAAGGAGUUCUAUGUUUAUUGGAGAAAGCCCAGCAUAUUAAAAAAAAAAUGUAUAUUGUCAUUCCAUGCAUGAGCCUGAUAUAUUUUGUUACGCACUUUUAUAUGCCUACAUUCGCAAUCUGUCGUUUAAAAACUGUAUAGACAGCGCAGUCCUUUCUUCUAUCCUGUUCUCUGCCUGAUUGCGUCUGGGUUUUUUUUUAAUUUAGAAGCACAAAACAAUUGCAGCACUUGUGCACAUCAUGUGAUGUUCUGUGCCAGGCGUCAUCAGGGUUGCCACCCAGCCGGUAUUUAACUGGCCCAGCUGGAAAAAAGGGUCUCAAGGCCGGUGCCGGUAUUAAAAAAAAUACCUUUACAUUGCCGGUAAAAUUCUAAGGGGAGGAACAGCCACUUAAUUUAAAGCAGCUUCGCUGCUCCCUUCUCCCUCCCUUCUUGAAAUCACCAGCUAGGCAGGGCCUGUCACGGCGCUUACGUGACAUGGGAGGUGCGAUUCUGGACUGCGGGCUGUGUUUAGGGUUGUCACUGCCGGCUCCGCCCCUUUUAGUGUCACGGUCUGCACCUUUAGUACCCGCACCACCACUGGCCGGUAAUUUUAUUUUAAAAAGGUGGCAACCCUAGGCGUCAUAGUCCUAGAACAUAGCUAGCAAGAGUUUGUGUGGUUACAGAUAUUCACUAAAGUUCAAUAUAGCUGUCUUGGUAUUGAGGCACAGUGCAUAUUAACUGAUCUUGAUUCAUUUAGUGUCAAAUGUGUUUCCAAAAAGAAAACUAUUUUUGGGGGAGGUUCUUCGAGAUCUCGAUAGUAUAACAUCAUUUCAUAUUCUGGAUUCCAAGACCCUUGAAAAAGGAUGUUUUACUUUAACAAAUCAAAAUUCAUAAUAAUUUCCCAUCUUUUACACAUACUUAUUAUCUAUUUUGCAUUAUAGAGGACAAUGAUUUCCUUACCGUUUUAGGCAUAUUGAACUUUUGAACGCACAAACUUUACCCGCGAACAAAUCCAUUUCAUUUAGAGCACAUCCGUUAUGUGUCGGCUUUAAUUGCAUUCAUCGAAUGUAAGCACAGGGGUUACGUUUAAUGUUGACCAUUAAUGUACACGAAGAGGCAUGUUUGUGACUACUUUGUAUAUGUAUUUGCACAGUAUUUCUUUUAUUGUACUUUAUAUUUGUUUAGAAAUAAAAAGCAUUUUUUCUAUCA